UCUGAGUGAAAAGAAUUAACUAUGUUUCAACUUUUUUUUUUCAUUUUGUUCACCCCUGGAUUUAGUGAAUUGCUUUGUACAUCAUCAGAUCUAGAAAUAUCAUAUACCUUUUGUGAUUCUAUAGUUCACGCCUUUGUGUUUAAUAUAACACCUUGUACCAUGAUGCAGAAACCCAUCUGGAAUGUUGUUCUUACCUGGAUUCCACGAAGUGACAUCACCUUUUUGAAGGUAGUCUUUAGAGUCUGGUUUGAUGGUGUCGUAGCGUUAGACUGGAAAGCAAUUCUUUGUAGUGGAGCUGACGACGAAUAUACUGUUUGUGGAGCGUUGAAAGGAGAAACAAUUGCAACAACGUUUCUUAUUAAAGGUUCAAGAACGACGUUUCCACAGGGAAAAUAUACUGUUAUUAUGAAAGGAUUCUCUGAUGAUUCUGAAAAGAAUAUGCUCAUAUGCCUAAAUUUUACCAUGACAGUAAAACAAGAAGCUUUCUGA